AUGAAGAUCUUUUUAUAACUUGUAGUGAUGAUUAAACUAUUAAGUUUGGAAUCAAAAAGUGAAUGGGUUUGUUAAUAAACAAUCACUGAUCAUACUGGUAGAGUAUAUCAAAUCAGUUUAAAUGAUUAAGAAAAUAAACUUAUUUCUUGUGAUUAGGAUAAUUCAAUAUUAGUAAUUGAGUAUUCUAAAUAAAGUGAAAAGUGGAUUGUUAUAUAAAAAUAAAAGUUAAUGUUUAUGGAUUUCGAUUAUGUUUUAUUAAUAAUGAUAUUUUUACAUUUCAACCUUAAGAAGGCAAUUUAAUACAUGCCUUUGAAAUGA